AUGGCAACUUACGUACAGAUUCUACUACCGUUACUCUGCGUAGUAUUAUCCGAGGCGCAGUUGAUUCAUCACUCUUACUUCAACAACCCAGGAUUACAUCAUCAGGAACAACCAUAUAACAAUGUAAGAAACCAGCAUCACAAUGCAUGGUUUCACCACUUUGUGGAGACGGAUGAACCUCCGUACCAUUCAGGCAGUAACGAAAGAGAUGAUGAUUAUGGGCAUUUUGACCCUUUCUUCCAGAAGGAUCCAUUCUUUUAUGGCAAUGCUUGGGGACAUAUUGGAAUGCCAGAAAUAAGUAACACAUACAAUGGUCCCAAUGGUGGUUACAAUUCGCAUAGACAUGAACCAUCUCACGUAAGUUCCGAAGAGAAACGACCGGAGGACCACAACGAUUCAAACCGUGAAAAGCCUGAGGAAAAACCUGAAGAGAAACCCAAAGACUUACCGCUCGUAGAUAAGCCAGAAGAUAAAGUAAAUGAAAAGAAAAUCAAAGAAGAAAUUAAAAAUAACCCUGAGAUAUUACCUCCAAAAACGAAUGAGAUCAAGAAAAAGGAUGAAAAUAAAGACAAGAAAGAGAAACCACUAGACCUCGACAAAAAGAAGGAUUACCUACUAGUAGGACAAGGUAAUAAUGGAAAUAAUCUUUUCUUAUUACACGAAAAUGUUCCUAACCCGAGCACGGUUAUUAUCCCCAAUGGUAACCAUGCUGGAAGCAACGUUAUAUACGUACCAUUAAAUCCGGGACAAACUAACAAUCCGGUGUAUCAACUCGUCAGCGGUCAGACUGCUCCUGCUGGGUCAACAAAUGUACCAAUUACACAAGAUAAAUUAGGAGUGAAUGGUUACAACAAUGGUGUUCAGAACCCUGCACAAUCUACUGGGGAUUAUGCAGCUUCUGUUUAUCAAAAUCCUACUCCUAAUUAUGUAACUAUUUAUUCGAACGGACAAUUGAUUCAAAUACCUGGAGUUGUGGUGAACCAACCGGCUAAUAAUGCACCUGUACAGAAUGGAAAUACACAGGGAACUAGUUAUGUAGUUGCAAAUACCGUCCCCAAUAAUAUGCAAAAUGUACAAAACCCCAACGUGAUCUAUGCUGCUAUCCCAAAUCAAGGAUCGACUGGUCCAAUCUAUGUUCAAAUGCCUAACUGCAUGAGUGGAUGUUCUGAGACUGCCCAGAAUCCAGUUCAAGGAGUGAAUAAUGGAGCUAAUUUUGUACCAAACAAUGUGGUUUAUCAGCUAAAUCCUACUUCUCAAGUUGGCGUGUCAAAUAAUUAUGCUCAGCAAAUGGUGGCUCCUCCUCCGCAGGGUUCAAUUGCAGUGACUAUUCCAAAUCAAGGCGUUGCCCUUAGUAACCAGAAUGUACCUUCUCCAACAUAUCAGACAGUUACAUUGCCAGUCAACAGUGGCUCUAAUGGAUAUAAUCAGCCUAUAGUUAUGAAUCAAGUUCAAGUACCAAAUCAAGGAGUAGUAUCAAAUAUCCAACCUGCACAAACUGGUGUUCAGAUGCCAGUACCCGAUGGAAGUAACAGUUACAAUCAACCAGCUGCAUCAAACCAAAGACAAGAAACGAAUGCACCGAAUCAAGGAGUUCUUAGCAACCAAAACAAUCCACUACAAGCAGUUGAAGUACCAAACAAUAAUGCGUACAAUCAGCCUAUAGAAACAAAUGCCAGUCCAGUCAUGAAUGUAGAAAGCCGGGACGAGGUACCUAAUGGUCAAAAUGGACAAGCACAACCUCAGAUUCCUAAUCAAGUGGACCAAGGUACUAACGUUGUUAGCAACUUAGGUGAAGUUGUUCAACCUGAAAAUGCUCAACCUAUGAUACCACCUACCUCUAUUAUUUUAGAUAGUAGCAACUUAUCUGCCUUAGGAGCACAGCCAGCGAUCAUGAUCUCUGGCUUUAAAGAUAAGGGAAAGAAAGAAAGCAAAAAGGAUAAAAAUGAUAGUGCAGAAAAGAAAGACAAAAAAGAUAAAAGUAAGAAGAAAUAUAAGAAACCCAAAGAUGAAGAGAAAGUGAAGGACGGAGAUAAACCCAAAGAUGCUAAGCCUUUUACAAAUAAGAAGAAGCGCUAA